AUGAAGCUCAUCAAUAGAGCUUUUCCAGAUUUCAUUCUCUUGGGCUUUACCAAAUACCCAUGGCUGGAUCGUCCUCUCUUCUUUGUCCUCCUGAUCUCCUACAUGUUCACAUUGCUGGGAAACAUUGCUAUUAUUCUAGUCUCUCAGCUUGAUUCCCAGCUCCAAAGUCCCAUGUAUUUCUUUCUUACCAGCCUUUCAUUUUUGGAUCUCUGUUUCACCACCACAACUGUCCCUCAAAUGCUGUUCAACUUACAGGGGUUCAACAAGAACAUCACUUACCUAGGCUGCAUGGCCCAGGCCUAUGUGUUUCAUUGGCUAGGCUGCACAGAAUGUGUUCUGCUGGGCAUCAUGGCCUUAGAUCGCUAUGUGGCUGUGUGCAAGCCUCUGAGGUAUUCUGUCAUCAUGGACCACAGGCUCUGUCUGCAGCUGUCCAGCACUGCUUGGCUCACUGGCCUGGCCAAUUCACUACUGCAGUCUACCCUCACUGUACAGUUGCCCCUGUGUGGGAACCAGAUGCUGGACCACUUCUUCUGUGAGCUGCCUGGGCUUAUUAAGAUGUCUUGUGGGGACACCACAGUCAAUGAGAUCACUUUAUCAGUGGUGGCCACAUUCUUGAUAAUGGGUCCCCUCUCCAUGAUACUUGUGUCUUAUAGUUACAUCGCCCAAACCGUACUUCGAAUUCCUUCUGCGGCUGGGAGGCUUAAAGCUUUCAACACUUGCUCAUCUCACUUGCUGGUGGUGUCUUUAUUUUAUGGGCCAGGUAUCUACAUCUACAUUCAACCCUCCGAAGAAGGCUCCCAAGACCUCGUCAAGGUCUUGACUCUGUUUUACUGUGUCAUUACUCCUAUGGCUAAUCCAUUCAUCUACACUCUGAGGAACAAAGACGUCAUAGGGGCUAUGAGGAGGCUUCUGAGGAAGGCCAUUUCAACUAAGGGGAUAUGA